UUCUCAGCUGGAGUAAACUUCACUGGAAUAACAUACUGGCCGCUCCCUCAGUGAUGGUCUGCAAACACUCACUGUGUCUCCUGCUGUGACUGUGACAGAUAACAUGACAGAAAAUGAGGUGAAGUUUAAGAAAAAAAUCCAUGAUCUUCUCAACACAGCUCAACAAGACUGGUUUGUCAAUCCAAAAGACAAAUGGAGUUUCUUUGGGUCUCUCUUUUUUUGCUGCACAGUGUUCACGACUGUGGGUUAUGGCAAUACCUACCCUGUGACACGGACUGGGAAAUAUGUCUGUAUGUUGUAUGCUUUGUUUGGUAUCCCUCUGAUGUUCCUGGUCCUGACAGACAUGGGAGACAUCCUUGCAACUGUUUUAUCCAAGUCUUACAAUGAAUUCAGAAAACUGCAGUCAAAAAUUCUAGCCUCCAAGCUCUGCUCUGGAUCCACAUGUAACAAAAGGAAUGAACUAAAAUCCAGAGCACAGUCUAAAAUAGUCAUCAAUGAGCCCGUGACAAUCAUGGAACUGCUGAGAAGUCAGGCUGGUGUGAAAAGGAGGCCGAUGAAAUAUCGCAAUGUUGAACUUUUUGAAAUGUUAAUUGCCAGAGAAAAUGAGCAAACAAAACCAGCAAGAAAUAAAAGCAUUGAGAGAUGGAGUUCAUGUCCUGAACUUGCCAGGGGAAAGACAGUGUCCAGAGUAAUUGAGAAUUUUGACAAAAUAGGGAAAGAGUUAGAAAAAUUAGAUGUGCCCAUUGUGUUAAUGGUGCUUGUUAUCUUUGUGUACAUCUCUUGUGCAGCUGCUAUUCUUCCAAAGUGGGAAUCCAAUUUGGAUUUUCAGGAAGCCUUUUAUUUCUGCUUUAUCACCUUGACCACUAUUGGAUUUGGAGAUACACAGCUGGAACAUCCCAAGUUUUUCUUGUUUUUUUCCCUUUAUAUUAUUAUUGGCAUGGAAAUUGUCUUCAUUGCUUUUAAGCUGGGCCAAGAUCGCUUAAUUGUUUUGUAUAAAAAGGUAAUUUCAUUUUGUGCAGAGAAAAAGAUGCCAUCAAAGAAGAUAUAUCCAAAAUAAGAGCAGUCAUUUCUCCUUCACUUGUAAACAUUGGCCACUGCAAUGAGAUGAAACUGUUUCUGUGCAUUUCUGCCUUGGGCUGGCAGGUGUCAUAUUUUAUUAUGAUUUCCUCUGAGAAAUUACUGUAAAAUGGCUGAAUACCUCAGAAUUCACUUGGUGAAGGAACCUCCAGAGAGUACUUUCCAACAGGGUCCCAUCUACUAAAUAAUCAAAGAAGAUGCUGCAUGAAGAAGAAGCUGAAGGCUCUCCCUGCCAGUGCUCCCCAACAUAUUUUGCAAAGCUCUGACUUUCAGCAGCCUUUCUGUCCUCCCUCCCACAGCAAGCCAAGUCAGGAUUUUUUUUUUUUCAGUACUUGCCCAGCCACCUUCUUGCAGGCAGGGCCAGCCUGGUUGUGGCUGUGGGUACUGAAGGUUUGCAGUGUGCUGCUGGCCUGAUUUAUCACCAGAGUGAGCUGGGGAGGACAACUCUGAACCCAACUGCUCUCCUGUUGUGACUGGUGUAUUGUGAACAUCACACCUUUGACUGGCACACACAAGUGCUAAGUUGAAAGGAAAAACGUCAAAUUUUCACACCUUUCUCUGUCACCUGUCCAGAAGUCAGUCAGAAGAUUGUUCAUUUGUUCAGGGCUGCAUCCACUCUUUCUCCAUGCUGGUUUAUCACACCUGUACCAGCGUGCAGUCAAUGUGUGUCCCACGGUGUCCAGCUCUAAGGGUGCUCAUGGCAAGCUCAGCUCCUCAGGUGGCAUCUGGGGAAGGCACCCAGCAAACCUGGAGGUGAUGACAGCCUGAAAGGAAGCUCCAUCUCUUUGCUGAUAAAGAAGCAUGUGUUGAUACAUCGACUGCGGAAUUCCUCACUCCUAAUCCAGAUUGCACAGACUGCUUGAUUUCUGGGAGCUCCUUGGCCCACUUGUAGAAAGCAAAACCUACCUGUUUCACUGCAGCGUGGGGAGGAUCCUGUAGUUAUGUACUUGUGGAGAACAUCAAUUCACAAAUAAUGUUGUUUCUUCAAGAUUUUGCUUGUACUAUUCAUAGUCUGAAGUGAGUUAUCAAUGAUAGAUUUUUUCACAAAAAAUAAGAAUUUAGAAUAAAACUAUGUAAUUAUUCUAUAAGAAACCACUGACUUUAAUUACCCACCUUUUAACUUGUAGAUGAUUUGCAUGCCCAUUGAAGGUGAAUGACAUCUCUAGAUAAUAAAAAAUGUGUGAUUAUGUCAGAAUGUACAUUAUUCUUCACUAGCAAUUUUGCCAUUUGAAACUGAGAUUUUUUCAGAAUAUUUACAUGGCAUCUUAUCUCUGUAAUACUCCAUGUACUUGAUAAUAUGUAUUCAGUCCUUAUUAAUAAUUAGAUGCAAUUAAGCACUGAUUAUAUGCAAAAUAUCUGUAACAAACGUGGAUAGAGCCUUCCUAAACCUUCGUUCGUGAAGCCUAGCCAUGAUAUGCAAAAUAUAUAAUGACUGAUAGUAUAUAGAAAAUGAUUUAUAAAAAUAACAAUAAAAAUACAUCAGCUGGAAGAAGCUCCAGUUAACUUUUUUAUGUUUGCUGUAAUUUUGGCUUUACAUAGAAAGUCCCUCUGUUCA